UUGGCGCGGGACUUCGCGUUUGACGAGGUGGUGAUGACGGAUCAAUCGCGCGUGUUGGAAAACGUGACGAGAGAGAACGUGGAGAUGAAUCGCAAAGAAAUCGGCGGCGCGGCGACGGCGCUGCACGUGAUGGCGCUGGAUUGGGAGGUAGAGGAGGAAUUAAAAGCCGUGAGCGAACGAGGACCGUUUGACGUCGUCGUCGGGACGGACGUGCUGUUUGGCGUACAUCUAGUCGCACCGCUUUUGCGCGUCAUCGAACGCACGCUGAGUGACACGCGAAAGUCUGCUGUGUGCUAUAUUUGCGUGCAACGGCGAAGUCCCGACGCGCACGACGAGUUUUUGCGCCUCGCGGGGGAAAAGUUUGCUGUGGUCGCCGUGGAGAAGGCGUUAGUCGCGUUUUCAGAGGACGAUGAGUGCGAGAUUUUCGAGCUGCGUUGGAAGCGCGCGAAGAAGAGGAAGAGUGUAGAUUAG